AUGGAAGUCAAUGCUAAGGAAAAUAAAUUUCUGCUGAACAAUAUUCCCUGCGUGAUUCCGAUCAAUUGCAAGCCGAUUGAAAGCGUAAUGACCUACAAUAUCCAGACAAAACUGAGGGUUCAAACUUUCACGGCGCUAGAUCAGCUGAUGGUCAACGACACUUGCAACUGCUCCAUCCAGGAGUGCAUUCACGAGGAUCAGGCAAAAUACGAAAGAAAAGUCGUUCAAAAAUAA